AUGAACAACCUCCCAGAAAAGAUCAUGUACUUGAAGAAGUUUUUCUCCUUUGUUGCCUUUCUUUCAAUUUCCUAUGAACCUUUAAGGGCAGUGACCUAUGAUGAUGUGUAUAUCAACUUCACUCGAGAAGAGUGGAAUUUGCUGGAUCCUUCCCAGAAGAAUCUCUACAAAGAUGUGAUGCUGGAGACUUACAGGAACUUCACUACUAUAGAAUGCAUUUGGGAAGACCAUAAUACUGAAGAACAUUGUCCAUGUUAUAGAAGACAUGAAAGAACACAUACUGGAGAGAAACCCUAUGAAUGUAACCAAUGUGGCAAGGCCUUUGCAUGUCACAGUCAUCUUCAAUCCCAUAAGAGAACACACACAGGAGAGAAACCAUAUGAAUGUAAUCAGUGUGGUAAGGCCUUUUCACAACACAGUAAUCUUCAAAGACAUCAAAGAAUACAUACUGGAGAGAAACCAUAUGAAUGUAAUCAGUGUGGUAAGGCCUUUGCAACUAAGAGUAAUCUUAAAAACCAUCAAAGAACACAUCUUGGAGAGAAAUCAUAUGAAUGUAAUCAAUGUGGUAAGGCCUUUGCAUUUCAGGGAACUCUUCAACACCAUCAAAGAACGCAUACUGGCGAAAAGCCCUAUGAAUGUAUUCAGUGUGGUAAGGCUUUUGCACGUCGUCAUCAUCUUCAAUUGCAUAAAAGAACACAUACUGGAGAGAAACCUUUUGAAUGUAAUCAAUGUGGUAAGGCCUUUGCAGCUCAGAGUAAUCUUAAAAACCAUAAAAGAACACAUACUGGAGAGAAACCUUAUGAGUGUACUCAGUGUGGUAAGACCUUUGCUCAAUACAAUCAUCUUAAAAGCCAUAAAAGAACACAUACUGGAGAUAAACCUUAUGAAUGUAAUCAGUGUGGUAAGGCCUUUGCAAUGACCAUUCAUCUUCAAAGGCAUAAAAGAAUACAUACUGGUGAGAAACCCUAUGAAUGCAAUCAGUGUGGUAAGGCCUUUGUACAACACAGUAAUCUUCAAAGUCAUCAAAGAACACACACUGGAGAAAAACCAUAUGAAUGUAAUCAGUGU